GUUUGCGGGUUUCUUUUUCUCUGUGCAACUUUGCGCGUGGCAACGCUUUCUUCAAUUUUUCAUUUUGCGUUCUUCAUAUUGACUUUGUGUCUUCUUCGGCAGCGCGGAAACAUGGACUUGGACCUGGUGGACAUGCUGAGGGAUGAGAAGUGCGUGUCUGAGUGUGAGCUGAACGCGUCUGCGGAUCCGCGCAAUGUGCCGCCUGAGCGCAUGUCGCCUCUCCUUCCGGUCAUCACCGCCGUGUACUCCGUAGUGUUCGUGGUGGGGCUGGUGGGGAACUGCCUCGUGAUGUAUGUCAUUAUCAGAUACACUAAAAUGAAGACAGCAACCAACAUCUACAUCUUCAACCUGGCUUUGGCUGAUGCUUUGGUUACCACCACAAUGCCAUUUCAGAGCACAGAUUACUUGUUGAACUCCUGGCCAUUUGGUGAAAUAGUAUGCAAAGUGUUCAUCUCGAUUGACUACUACAACAUGUUUACCAGCAUUUUCACACUAACCAUGAUGAGCGUGGAUCGUUACGUGGCUGUGUGCCAUCCUGUAAAGGCACUAGACUUCCGUACACCAGUCAUGGCCAAGACCAUCAACGUAGGCAUAUGGGUACUGUCCUCAGCAGCAGGAGUGCCUGCCAUGGUGCUGGGGGGAACACAGACCAAUAAUGGCACCACAGAGUGUGCCCUGCAGUUUCCUGACCCUUACGAGUACUGGGACACUCUAAUGAAGAUCUGUGUGUUCGUCUUUGCUUUUGUUGCUCCCGUCCUCAUCAUUAGCAUCUGCUACUCGCUCAUGCUUCUGCGACUACGUAGUGUUCGCAUACUCUCCGGUUCUCGAGAGAAAGACCGCAACCUUCGCCGCAUCACCCGUUUGGUCCUAGUUGUCGUCGCGGCUUUUAUCAUUUGCUGGACCCCUAUACACAUCUUCAUUCUUCUAAAAGCUGUAGUGGCCAUUCCUGAGACCACACCACUAAUGGCUGCCUAUUUUCUGUGUGUUGCUCUUGGUUACACCAACAGCAGCCUCAACCCCAUCCUCUACGCAUUUCUCGAUGAGAAUUUUAAGAGGUGCUUUAAGGACUUCUGUUUGCCGGCAAGGCGAAAGGGAGAUAAAGGGGUUGGAGGAAGCAGGCUUGGAAGGAUUGCAUCCAGACAGUCUCCCCAGGCUGCCGAGAGUGCCCCGAGAACAGCAAAGCCAGCAUGACUAGCCGUGGAAUUGUCCUUCAUCACCCAAUCUGGAAAGGAGGACUCCAACACAAUGGGACUGACGCAGGUCUCUUCUGCACUCUGAUCAUAAUGCACCUUACAGUUGGUGUGAAUGUUGGUGUGACUGUGACACUCGAAGAGAUGGAGCACUGUGACAAGACUUGCUAUAUUACGACCCUGAAUAUAGUGUGAUGAUGUGAAGUCUGCUGAGAAUUAUAUCAUUAGUUGCCAGCAAUGGUUUUGCUUUGGCAUAAAUGGAUAUAUACGUGUAAAUCUAAUUUAGUUUAGCUGUCUCUUAAAAAAAAUGCUGCUUUGAUCUCUCAUCUCGUUUUAUUCAGAGAGUCUCACCCAAGCUUCUAUACACUAAUGAUUUGGAUAUACUGCAGUUACUUUAUUUUGUUCAAAAAUAUUUUACUACCAUUUUAUCUUGGCCUUAUUGAUCACAGGGAUUUGGAGCCUUUUAUAGAAAUACUGGAAGCAAGGUGGAAAUACACCCAGAAAGGGACAUCGGUUCAUCACAGGGCAUCACACAUUUACAAACUCAUUUAACACCUUAGGAAAAUUAAGCAUAACCAGUUCACCUUAUGGGAAAAAAUAGAGAACAUGAAGAAACCACAGGUAUUAUCUGCCAUUAUUACUUAUAAGAUGCUGUUACGCCUUCUUUUAAGUCACAAUUCUAAUCAAAUAAAUUUGAAACAUUCAAUGGUACUUAUUCUUCUAAUUCUGAUUAGACUGCAUAAAUGUUCACAGUGUAGGUUUGAAUCAAUAAACUAUGUGAGACUCUGGGCGAACAACUUCUCCCAGGCUUCUCCCAGGCUAAUUGGCUUUGGGUGUUCCAAGUAGCGAGAUAAGAUUUAAGGUGUGAUUUGCAGAUGUUUGUCACAAUAAGACAAACUACCUACAAAAUAAAGGAAAUUCGUUACUGCUGCCUCUCUCCUAAGGCAUUGCCAUUCAGCAGAUUACACCAAGUGUACAGCGUGUAGUGUUGAAGAAUGUGAAAAGAAAAUCCAAUGUUAUCAAGAAAAAUCUCUAGAACUAGCUGUUCUCUGUGUGCGUGACCACACUAACAAACACACAGAGCAAGAAUGGUGUUAAUACAAGGAAUCCAUGGAGUCUUGCUAUACAUCUUAAGAUUUCAAAAGUCUAUCAGGAUGUUUAAUGCCAACAUAAAACACCUUUGGGGCAAUAUCCUGCAGACAGAAGAGACAAAAGCACCUUCUAGAUCUUCAACAUGAUGAAGGGUGCAGUAUGAGUAUUUCUUUGGCUGUUUUGCUUCAAGGUUCCGAACAGCUAGCAAUCACUGGGUUAACAAUGAGUUUUACAGAAAAAUAUCCAAUGCAGUCCAUAAUUCUUAUGCUUCAUACAGUUUGAAUAAUGCAAAGCGAUGGUGACCCAAACAACCAUCAAAAUGGACUAAAAAGAAGAAAAUGCAUGGUUUAAUGUAGCAUCGGUCUCAUGCAUUGACUUGACUUGACUUGAAGAGGACUUUUUGUUCAAGAAAUCUGAGAACUAUUGAACAGAAACAGGAAAUAGGUAUAUAAAAUUCUUCCAUACAUAGGACUGAUCAACAGCCACAGACAAUAUUUGGUUUUUGCCAGUAGGGUAGGUUCUACUAGCCAUUAAAUGCAGGGUUGUACAACACUAAAAAGGACACCCCAAACCAAAAACCUCCAAAAGUAUUAUUGUCUUAUGGGUUUAAAAGUUUGAGCAGACAAUCUGUUAUAAUUAACAUGGAUUGAGAUCAGACUGCAUUUUACAAGUAAUAAUAUAUGAUAAUAUAAUAAAUUAGUAUAAUAUAGUCCUUUUUCUUCUUUCCUGCACUACCUGUGUACGUUAAAUGGCGGUAUUCAUGCCAACUAUAGCACAAUAUGAUCUGUAACCUCAAGCACAACUGGUAUAAACAAAUAACAUAAACUAGUAGGAGUUUCAAUAUCAUAAAUCUCUCGACUUCUCAACGCUCUUAUCAUUCAGCAUCUCAGCGCAUUGUUUCACUAAAAUUUAAUUUAAUUCCCGACCUUCUCUUUUUGAAAAUUGACACUCAAAUGUAAUUUCUUCAUAUUUGUCAUCCAUUUUGGCCUAAAUUGUUUUGAAAUGAUUUAUGAAUCCCAGAUAUUUUCUUUUGUCAGUAAUUGAAUUGAAUUUUUAUUUUUUUUGUAUCAGCAUGUAUCGUUCAUUGUGCAGAAAUUAUUUUUACAUGAAAUGACAAAGAAAAAAUGCUGUGAUGUAUGGUUGGCAUUUUGUAGAUUGGGUCCACUAGUCAGCUUUAAAGGGCUUGAUUACUGCAAAUCGAGUUUUUUUGACUGAACAUUUUACCCUCUUGAUGAGUGUGUUCUUUUCCAGGAAUGUAGUGGCCCCUAUAUAGAGCACAAGGGUUUGGUAAAUGGUUUGAUGGAUAUGAAAAUGAUCAUAUGUACUUCGCAUGUUAUGGCCUUUACAAUCACCAGAUCUCAACUCAGUGGAAUGUCUAUUGGACCAAUGUAUUAGACAGUAAACCAGCACAAAAGACUAAUUAAUGGAAUUUUGCUUGGAUGAAUGGUGCUUGUUGCUGAAGUAUUGUUCCAGAGACUUUUCAUCAUCUAUGCCAAGGUGCACUGAAACUGUUCUAAUGGCUUGUGGUGGCUCAAGAACUUCCUAAGCAAGUUUUAUCCUUUCAUUUCCUACAUUUCAGACCACCGUUGAACAGAUAUUAUUAAUGGACUUCUAAAAGCUGGUGACAAGUAAAACCCUGUACUAUACCACAAACGUACUGUUCUUCCUUUAAUCCUUUCUUCAUGUAUAUGUGUCUAUUCAAAAUAACUUACUAAUCAUGUUUACCUGAUGAUGGCUAUUUUAUUACGCUGCUUACCACAGCGUUUAUGUACCGUUCUCUAUUACUGCCUCCACCUGCAGUAAAACCUUUUUUUUUUAAUUGGGCAGAGGGCUUAGUCUUGACAUGCUGGAGAAUUCCAGGUCAGGCAGCAAACAUUAUAUUGACUUCGUUGUUUUGAGAUGUGUGUAAAUUUGUAUAGACACCAUUUUACACUACAAUGUGUAUAUACAUGAAGUGCAUUUCUGUGUAUAUAGUAUAGUUAUCUGUUUCCAACCAUUUUGUCA